GAAUGUUAAGAAAGCUUUUACACUGAAGUGCUUCCCCUUGUGUCUCUUGUAGGAAACAGAGAUGAAGGUACACAUGCACACAAAAUUUUGCAUCAUUUGUUUGCUGACAUUUAUCUUUCAUCAGUGCAAUCACUGCCAUGAGGAGGGACACAACCAUGGUCCUGAAGAGGAACAUGUACACUACCAUAAUGACUAUCAGAUCUCACAGGCAUCCUAUUUCCAGAAUGGAGGAACAGAAUCUAUGCCGAGUAAAUUUUCAGCGUUGGAAGCUGAAAAUGAACAAAAAUACUACAUUGAAAAGAUUUUUGAUCGUUAUGGUGAAAAUGGAAGAUUAUCUUUUUUUGGUCUGGAAAAACUCUUAAUAAGCCUUGGUUUAGGAGAGGUAAAAGUAGUGGUGAUAAAUCAUGAUGAUAUUGGCCAUGAUCAUGUUUCCCACUUAUAUGCUUUAGAAGUACAGGAAGGAAAGCAUGCUCACUCUCAUAACCAUCCUCAUUUUCAUAGCCACCCAGAUUCUGAAAACCAAACCAUGAUUGGUAUGGCUGCAAAGAGAAAUCGUAAAUGUGACCUUGAGAGAGACACAACAGUGUCAUCGGUAAAAUCUGAUGGUAAACAUGUUCGCGACCAGAGUCGCCAUCACCAUCAUCAUUAUCCUCAUCUACAUCAUCAUCUUGACCGUAACGGUACGCAUCAUUCUCACAAUGAUUCAGUUAGUCAUAGUGAACAUGGAGAACAGAACCACGAACCUUCAACAGAAACAAAUACAACACAGGAUCAGCCUGAAAGAAAACAACGCAAACAGAAGAAGAGACGAAAAGGAAAGAAAAUCAGUGGGACUUCAGUAGAUACUGCACAAGAUUAUGCUCCAGAUCAUGAUUCAGGUGAUCAGUAUGAGCACAAUCAUGUUCAUAAACAUGAUCAUGUACACGAUACAUCUCACUUGCAUGUACACCUUCAUGAACACGGUAACGAUCAUUCUCCUAGUCAUGGACGUCAAGAUUCCAGUCUAGGCAAUGAGGAUGGCCAUCAUCACACCAGCAAGCGAGAAGCACCGCACAAGCAGAUUAGCGUAAGAAAACAUGCAAUUUUUUCAACGCGUAGUCACAAGGAUCAUAAUGAAGAUGAACGUGAUCGUGAAGAGUGCUUAAAUGUUACCCAGCUGCUACGGUACUAUGGUCUGGAAACCAGCUCUCCAAUAUCUCCUGAACUGUUUAUAUACAUGUGUCCUGCUCUGCUAUACCAGAUUGAGAGAAGGCUUUGUAUUGUACACUAUGAUGAGCUUGAAGAUUUUAUGAAAAAUAAAAAUGUAUCAGUUGAGAGUAAAGAUAAAACAGGUGCCUCAGCCUGGUUUUGUGGUAUCAUCUCUAUCACCGUCAUUAGCCUGCUUUCCUUGCUAGGUGUGAUCUUGAUUCCCAUCAUUAACCAAUGGUGCUUCAAAUUUCUUCUAACUUUCUUGGUAGCUCUGGCUGUAGGAACAAUGAGUGGAGACGCACUACUCCAUCUGUUGCCACACUCACAUGGAGGCCACAACCACAGUCACCAUCAUGGCCAAGGUCACAUUCAUGAGCACAAGCAUUCUCAUCGACAUGCCCAUGGACAUGGAAUAGGGACUGAAGGCUUUCUAGAAGAAAAUGAUCCGGUGUUGAAAGGUCUUGUUGCUCUUGGAGGCAUUUAUGUUUUGUUCAUCAUUGAACAUUGUAUAAGAAUGUACAAGCAUUACAAUAAACAAAAGAAUAAGCAGAAAUGGUGCAAGAAAAAACCGACUGAAGAAUCACCAAUUGGAAGGAAACUUUCAGAUCACAAAUUAAAUAAUAGACCAGAUGCCGACUGGCUUCAGCUCAAACCACUUGCAGGAGCAGACGACUCAGUUUUAUCUGAAGAUCGACUUAAUGAAACUGAACUAACUGAUUUAGAUGGCCAGCUGGAAUCUCCUCCCAAAAACUUCUUGUCUGUAGAAGAGGACAACAAUAUGCACCGUUCUCACAAUGAUGUUUCACACACUGCUCAAGAGCAUGAUCCCCAUGAUUCAGAAUACGACAGCCAUGGUGAAGAUAAAAUGACAGCUAGAAAAUACAGUCACCACUGGCAUCACAAACAUUCCCAUCAUUCCCAUGGCCAUUGUCAUUCGGGAAAAGACCUGAAAGAUACCGGGAUAGCUAAUAUCGCUUGGAUGGUAAUUAUGGGAGAUGGCAUUCACAACUUCAGUGAUGGCUUAGCAAUAGGAGCAGCUUUUAGUGCUGGACUGACAGGAGGAAUUAGUACAUCUAUAGCAGUAUUUUGUCAUGAGCUUCCCCAUGAAUUAGGUGAUUUUGCUGUGCUUCUUAAAGCAGGUAUGACAGUCAAGCAAGCCAUUGUGUACAACCUCCUGUCUGCCAUGAUGGCUUACAUAGGGAUGCUGAUAGGCACAGCUGUGGGACAGUAUGCUAAUAACAUCACCUUGUGGAUCUUUGCAAUCACUGCAGGCAUGUUCCUCUAUGUGGCAUUGGUUGAUAUGCUUCCAGAAAUGCUUCAUGGAGAUGGAGAUAAUGAAGAGCAUGGUUAUUGUCCUGUGGGGCAGUUCAUUCUUCAGAAUCUAGGCCUGCUUCUUGGAUUUGCCAUCAUGCUGGUGAUUGCCCUCUACGAAGAUAAAAUUGUGCUCGACAUCCAGUUUUGACCAUCUCUGGUAAUCACUGUGGUUACAAUGAUGUUACUGUAUGGCUUUGAGUCUGCACUGUUUCACUGUAUGCACAUUGCUCAGAGGAAAAGCAGCAGCUUGCACUACUUACACAAGUACAGUAUAUUCAUUUCUGUGUAGAUUACCUUCGGCUUUUUUUCUAAUUAAAAUUGGAUAUGAUGACCCAAAGCAUCCUCUAAAGUCAAGUGACAGACAAUUAGGAAAUACUGAAUGUGAGAAAUGGGUUCAGUGUGCUAUACAGGAAGCACUGCUUGCUUGAGAAAAGAAAAGAAAAAGUACAGUGAAGUAUCUACUCUUUUGGGAUACUAUCCUUUCAUACUACAUUUGAACAGAACCCAGAAAAUCUUAGAGCUAAAAUUCAUACCUCUUGCAAAGAACCGGAGUAAGCUUUUAAUGCCGCAUAAGGCUUAAGUAGUGCAUAUAUAUAUUUUUAUAUAUAUAUAUAUAUAUAUUCUGUGCUGAUUCCUCUGCAUAGUAGUGACAAGUAUUAAAUCUUACAACACCACAUGACUGGAAACCAUUGUGCUGGUUUAAAUUACAAAUAAAAUCCUAAACACCAUUUAAAUUGUUUAACUACACAUUAAGCUGCACUCCCUCAUUGUAAACUUCAUGUGUAAGAAGGCAGGCUGUUGCAAUGUACACUGCGAAGAGCUGUGUUCUGUCGAGGAUCAGUUUGACAAUGUUUUCUUGACUAAGAUUUAUUUGAUGUUUGUUCCUUGAUAUUAGUAGGAAAAUGCAAAACGCAGUAGAAUUAGUGUUAGCUUGGAGAAAUCCCUGUUGUCCGAGUUAUUGAGGUAUUUCUGGUUCUUUUUUACAGAUGCUAAACAUGUAUUGUAUGCCACUUGCAACCUAAACUACUGAGGAAUUUGUGGCUGUGAAUUUGUGCAAACUCUCUUUUAACAGAGAGUCCAUAUGGGAAUUUCUCCAUUUUUAACAGUUAUUUUGGGAUGUUUCUUUCCUUUUAUGUUAAAACACUCUAAAGUGCAAGAUGCUCUAGUUACUGAACCUGGGCACGAAGGUUAAAUUAUGCUCUUGUGUAUGUAGUUCUGGUGGGUUAUUUACAAUACUGUACUAUCAGAUCAAAAAUCAGUUUCUGCAAUGCCUUGGUAUUUGCCAUUGUGGCACUGGCCAUUUCUGGCAGUAGACAGUAUGUAGGAAGAUUUCUACUUCCAGCAUAAAGCAGUUCAUUUCUACAAUAUUUUUUUACAAUUUUGGUAUUUAAAUUAGAUUAUUAAAAAGCAGAUGUAAUAGAUCCAUGGUGCGUGUAAUUUGGAAGGACAGAUGGAAAAUUUGGGCCUUAACUUGCUGGGAUCAGCUGUCCUGGAUUGGAAUGUGCUGAGAUGCUUGUAUUGCCAUCUUGUACCCAUCUCCCUUAAAAAAUUGUGAGUUUGUGAGGAGUGCAAGUUGACUCUCUAGUACCAGUCCUGAGCAUGGGAGUAGCCUUUUUUAAAACAUACAGUUUGUCGUCCUUUAUGUGUAUGCCAGGUAAGCUGUAUUUUGACGAUGUGCCGUUUUGUUUCAGUCUGCUUGGCGCCAGUGUAGCUGCUAAAAAACAUACCGAUCCUAACGCCUUUAACAAGAGCCAGUUGGUAUCUUCAUUCCAUUUCAAGUUUGUGUGUGUUUCCUGUGGCCCUUUUUGCUUUUUGAAGCUUCAGGUGAUAAUUUAAUUUAGUUUGUACUAAGAGCAGCUCAUACAUUUUAAAGGUAUCAAUUGGUUCUUGCCAGUAUUUAUUUCUUCCUAACGCAGUAUCAAGAAACAGUAUUAAAGGUCCAUUUCAAAGAAGGGUGCAGUUUCUUCAGUGAAGAAGCCAAAAGCCCAUGGUCCAGUUAUGCAGUCAUUUGAUGCUCUGAACUUAGUGGGGGGGAGGGAGGGGUUUGUUUUUUGUUUUUUAAACAGGUGUACUAUUGGACCCUAAUUAGCAAAUACACUGUUGGUUGUUUCAGAUGAAUUUCUGCAGUGCAAAGAUCCUGGGUGACGUUUUUUUUCAUAGAGCCCAAGUUAGGUCCCCAGGUGCAAUUUUCAGAGACUUAAGUAACUGGAUACCUUCUGAGGAUCUGAGCUGAAACAACCUAGGUUGCUUAUGUGUUAGAGUGACCUUUAACUUUAAUGUUGUGAAUUCUGUCAAGUAUAAGGGGGGGUCGUUAUGCGGCUGAAUUGAUAUUUUGUCAAAUCAUUUUUUUGUUAUUUCUUUUAAUUCUUUUCAAAUGAAGAUCUCACUAUUUCAGGCAGUAUAUUUACUUUUGUAUUAGUUGAAAUGCAGUUAUAGCUUAAUACACUGCCUCUAUAGGAAAAUAGUUAACCUCCUCCCAAGAUCAUCUUCAGACAAGGGAAAAACAUGGUCAGUGAAGGUAGGUACUGCAUUUCUCAUAUUAAAUAUGAGGUUUUUUCCCUUUUUAUUUUUCUAGUAUUUAUUACAAGCUAUGGAGAGCAGUGUAACAGCUGUGGUUUCUAUAGGUUUCCACCAGUAUUGAGUUCCAAGUCAUUUUAACGUACAAUUUUAGGUCACGUUACAGACAAUCUGAAUUCCACUGCAUUUCUAGGUGGCUUCAACAUUCCGUUCUGCUUGAAUCCAGAGUCUCAUUUAACUGAUACGUAUUUGUUGGAGGGCAUAAAUGUUACUUGUAUAUUACAAUGCUGUCACUGUGUGACAUCCCAUAUGAAUUUUUGAUGUAGAUCACAUUGCACUCAAUCAGCUGUGAUUAUGCUUAGAAAAUAUUGUAGUAGAUGCAGUGUGAUUUUUUCCCCCCCCCCCACCCCACCCCACCCCACCCCAAUAACAAUUGAGUCUAUGGUUUUAAAAUGUGAUUAUGGUCCUAUAAGAUACUUGCUGAGCUAUGAGUCUUUUUGUUAUAACUAAAUCAUUUUUAAAAAUUUUAUAAAGCUGGAAAUGAUCAAAUGCUGUUUUGUUCAUUGUCAACAGUGUUGUGUUCAUUUUAUGUAUGUUCCUUAUUUAUAAGGAGCCUUCAGAAAAUAAAAUUAUUCAAGGAGCAGAUAUUCUGGUUGGCUUUUAUAAGGUUUUAUUGUACACCGUUAUGUUUUAGUGUAUUCUUUCAAAUCUCAUGAAAGGCACAAAUGCAGCAUUGUAAACAAACUCCUUUUAUAUGUUGAUUCUCUUUUUUAAGUGAUAUUUAAGCAUUGACAUGCAUCCCUUAUAAGUGAACUGGAAAGUGAGCCUCAAUAAAUUGUGGUAAAAUCA